UGGACGCCUAUUUGUUACGCCAUAUAUUUACUCACAGUGCAUCGAUACUUACAGAAAAGAAGAUAUAUUUUCACGUACCUAUAUGAUUUUCUGAAAUACCGAAUUUACGAUGAGAGUUUUUAUCAUUUUUUGUGUUUAUUUCUAUGCCACAGUUCAUGGUCAGGUGGAUUUGUCGAAUUUAGGUGAAAUCAUCGAACAGAAUGUCAGGAGGAAUUUAGCACAUUUAGAUGAUCUUAGUAGCCAAAUACAUCAUCAAAUGUUUCCGUUCAAUAAUUUAGGACCAAGAAUUCAACAAGACGUAGAGUCCAGAUUGGGAGAUAUCGAUAAUCUUGGUUCUAGAAUAAAUGAAGAAGUUGAACAGAGUUUGCUACCUCUCAAGGCAAUGGCUCUGAGACUGGAAAUGAUAAAUGGUGUAGGUGGGAAAACGGUAGCCGCUUUUCCCAACGGAAAAGUGUUGAUUUCUGAAAAUGGUAAUCUCUACCAAUGCAGUGGUUCUGUUAAUAAUCAAGGAGACUGCGCAGGGUCUAAGUCGCCUUUAGACUUCAAUAAGCAAGAAAGCUAUUGUUAUGUAAGCCCUAACGUCAGAGUGAACAACUAUUUAUGUUUUAGCAGUAACAGCCAAGGGGUAUCAGCUAAUGUGAUAAACGGGAAAGUAUCAUGUUCGACUGUGGACAACAAACCUUACCUCCUCAUAUCGGAAGAAGAUUAUCAAAAGAUGUGUAACAAUGUUGGAGGUCGUCCUACUUAUACUUACUAUGCUGAUGUGAAUAAUCCAAAUGCUGUGAGAAUUCCAAAUGACAACCCAUAUGUGAAAUGUAGUGGAAAUACACCUAAUGUCUGUAUUUUUAAUUGAUAUAUUUGGAAGAAGAAUCAUUAUUAGCUACUAAAUAUCUUGCCAUUAUUGAAACAAUAUAUCAAAAAAUGAUCAAUUUGUUACACAUAUGGAAAACAAUUCUACUGACUAAUAAAAAAAUAUAUUUUAA